AUGUGAACAACUACAACUGAAGAAAAUUUUAGAAGAUCUGAGAAUGAAGUGAGAUGCCUCCAUGCGCUUAUACUGUGACAAUAAUUGACCAUAAACAUCAUUCAUAAAUCAGCAUAACACGGUAUGGCCAAACAUAUGGAGGUUGAUAGACACUUUAUCAAAGAAAAGUUAGAAAAUGGUUUACUAUGUACUCCAUACAUGCCUAUUAGCUCAGAGUUUGCAGACGUGUUGAUUAAAGACUUGAGUAAUCCAACAUUUCGGAUUAUUAUUGGCAAGUUGAAGAUGGACAAUCUCUAUUUCCCAACUUAAAAGGGAGUGUUGAAGAAUAUAUCAUAUGUAAUUAAGAGGGAAUUAUGUUAAAGAGCAUUAGGGUAAAAUACAUCUUAUAUAAUUAAUUGUUUGUUUUUUCUAUUUUAGAAAACCUGUAUAUGUAGGACAUUGAUAUUCAAUAAAAUACACACUCAAUUCUCAACAUGAAUCCAAAGUUACAAAAUUUUAACUUUUAAGUAGUAAUAAUUGAGUAUUAGGGCAAUAAGGGAACAAUUACAAAUAAGAUAAUAAUAGAAAGUGGUUAGAACCCGUUAGUGUUGGGAAGAGGCAUAACUACCUUCUUUCUCUUGAAGCUGAAGCUUCUUUCUCUUGAAGCAUAUUUUAAGUUACAGAAUUAUAGAUGAAUGAAAGCCGAAGCUUCUUUCUCUUGAAGUCUCUCUCUCUCUCCGUGCCUGUCAUGCUUCUGUUGUGUGUGUCUCUCUCUGUGUAAUUUCUUGUCAUAAAUCUUAGUGGUAAUCUAUCGCCUGUAACUUAAAAUAUGCUGAUAACCUCCUGUUCUAAUAUAUGAGCUUUGAAUUUACAAAUUACCUUUCAGUUAAAAGAUAUUCUUGCAGUGGGAGCAAACUAUCAGUCUCGCUUUGUGGCUAGACAGUUUGGGAUGGAAACUGUUGAUUUGAAUGAUGUCAGUGACAUUGACAUUGCCUUUGAUGUGGUUGAUGAAGUGGACUUCAGUAGAAAUCUAUUAAAGUGCAGAGGAGGCACGCAUACUAUCCAGAAGGUGGUUGAUUCCAUGGCAAAGGUGUGUGUGAUAUUGACCGAUUAUACCAAGGUUGUUCAUCGGCUUGGUAGCAAUAUCCCAGUUGCGGUUGAGGUUCUCCCUAUAGCGGUAUCACCCGUUUUAAGGCGCCUUGUUGCUCUUGGGGGAGUUCCUGAAAUUCGAUCAGCUUUGAGAAAGGAUGGUCCAGUGGUUACAGAUCUGGGAAAUGUGGUUGUUGAUGUUGGGUAAUUUUCAGCUACUUUACUGGCCUUUCAUUCUCUGUGAACGUGUGUGCUGUGUUUAACAACUUUAGCUGGUUUUGAUUUGAACAUUUAAGUCUUGAUUUUUAUUAGUUUGGUUCUUAUGUUGAUGUCUUCUCUUCCAAUUUUAAGAAGUCGGUUUUUUAAUAGAAACUUCUUUUAAGCUUGAAAUCGUUGCAGGUUCUACUAUGGAAGUAAGAAAAAAUUUGAAUAUAAUAUGUCUAAGAAUAAAAUUGUCGGCAAACAAAUGUAGCCUUUAAAGAGCACUAAAUUAUGUAUCGAGCAUGAAGAUAAACUUUUUUGAUGCAGAACUCAAGAUCAACCAAUGUAAUCAAUAACUCACACAAUUUCAUUAAAGCACCAAAAGAAUUUGAUUUUAUGAAAACUCUCCCUACUUAAUCUUUUACAGAUGAUAGGAAAUAAAAUCACUGAAAAACCGAGAAUUAAAAAAAGAAUGG